GUACCGUACGGUGGAGGCAAGAGCAAGAAACAACAACAACAAAGCAGAAAGAAGAAAAAAGAACGAAACCUUAAUCCAUCAUAACUGUUCAAGUGCCAAUCACAGCAAUUCCGCACUGUGCCAACACCAGAGUUGCAACAACAUGGUCCCUGCUGCACGGCUGCGGUCCAAGCGCUAAUGGUCCAAUGUCGAUCGACCGCCGCAUCCGCAGAGGACACCACUGGAGUGCCACACAAGACAAUGAGUGCCGAAGGUUACUCCUACCGUUACUACCGGACAGUUUGUGCAAUUUGGCUUAGGAGAUAAUAAGGAGGAGCGCCCUUCCGGUUGAACCGAAAGGGGUGGAACGGGAGAAGAAGGGUGUAGCGAAGAGUUUACAGGACAGGACACACAGACGCAAUGGGAAGCUGUCUGACGUGUUUCAAGUCACCGCCGAAUGCGACGGUCAAUAACGUUGCUUCGGACGGGGUGGUACUUGGGCCGGAAACGGCCAUCACGGAUCCCGAAGCGACAGUUAAUGUUCUAUUGGUAGAAACGGACGAUCUGCUGGCCGCCAGUCCCAUACGAAUGACGUCGUUGGGCUCGGAGAGAAAGAGCGGUAGUUUUAAGAAGACGAUCGGAUUACUUAAUGGCAACUUGAACGCGUUGCCGGACGGUAGCAGUUUGCCCGGAAAAGAUCUCGCGACGCAAAUUUCCGACAACGAUCUGAACAAGCUGUUCGAGGAGUACAAGGACAGCCAGGAGGACGCGAUCCUAUCGGAGGGCAUCGAGCGGCUGUGCUGUGAUCUAGGUUAUAAGCCGGACGACUUUGCCAUCCUGGUGCUGGCGUGGCGUCUGGACGCGUCCCAGAUGUGUCAGUUCACCAAGUCGGAAUUCAUCCAGGGCCUACAGCAGAUGAACGCUGCCAGCAUCGACGACAUCAAGCUCCGGCUGGAGCAGAUUAUGGAAAAGCUCAAAACCGACUCCGAGGACUUUAAGCUGCUAUACAGAUUCACAUUCCGGUUCGGACUGGAGCCGGGCCAUCGGAUCCUUUCGCUUGACAUGGCCAUCAGUCUGUGGCGUCUGGUGUUUACGGUUCACACGCCGGACAUUCUACCGCGGUGGUUGCACUUUCUCGAGCAGCACCAGAACAUCCGAGGCGUCCCGAAGGAUACCUGGAACAUGUUUCUGAACUUUGUUGAGACCUGUGAUAUUACACAGUACGAUGACACCGAAGCGUGGCCCAGCUUAUUCGAUGACUUUGUCGAGUACGAACAGGAACGGCUUAAGCUGGCCAGCAAGAACCCGGAGGCGGGACUCGAAGGUUCCGAGGGCGGCUUGGUGACGGCAGUGGCUAUCGGCGUCCAGGAGGACGACAACAAUAAUUCAUAGUAUUGCGAUGCAAGGUAGCGGCUUGCAGUGCUCCGUUUUAAGCGAACACGCACGUUUUACUAUAUUUAUUAAUCUAUCUUUUACCUAGUAGAGCUCGCACGAGCUUAAUAUGAUCUUGUAUCCUUGUUUAUGUUUGUACCCUAAAUGCUGCCCAUUUUUUUUUGCGUUCAUUUCCAUCGCAUUCUAAUCACGCUUAAGUGUGACUAUCUUUUGUAAGGACCCCGAAGAAGCAGAAGCAAGUGUUUAGCAACAUCGCACGUAAAUCAUUUGUUCGAUAAACACGAAUUUUACUCUACUUUUAGAUGCAUGAUUAAUCUUAACGCUAUUAUAUAUUUGUUUUCUUUUAUACACUCAUAUAGAUAUCGAAAUUUAGUGUAAUCCAGUUAAAAUUAAUUGAUAGAACGAUGAUUUGAUGUUGAAGAACGCAAAACAGAAACUUUAAAUCGCCAGAGAGCCUGCUUUCUCUGCGUUCCGCGAACAGCCAAUUUUUGCUAAUGUAGAGAAGUGAACGUCAUAUCAGUAAACUGAUAGCGGAAAAACGAAAAAAAUAAAAAUAAAGAAAGAUUUUAUGUGAUCGUAAACUUAACCCGUGAGGAGCAAGUCGAUAGUGUUUAAAAGAGGAAUUUAUGUACAAGCUUUUCGGCUCCAGGCUAAAUUUUGUUCCUUCUCCCUGGCUCCCGUUCCUUCGCUGGUCGAGUGGGGAGCGAGGAAUCAGAUGAGAGAAAAAAAUACACAGACAGACAAAGCGCAGUGACAGUGGAACCGCACUAGGCCGACUUUGAACGGAAAUCAACACUUUUUCACAUAUUAGCUCAAAUGUAUUAAAGAAAAAAAGAAAAGAAAAUAAAUUAAAUGAACUAGGACGCUCCUUAUUUUGAACGAUGUGUGUUGGAUGUCUUAGUUGGAACCGGUCGCAGUCUUGGUGAAAAUGAAAAAAAAAUGUAGGCUAAAUUUAAAACAAACAAGAGAACAAAACUACUGAACCUCUAUUUAAGAUAAUUCUAGACAAAAUGGAUGAAUAAAAUCGAAAAAUGUCAACACAAAUAA